CACUUUGCUCAGGCUAUCAUCGAUAGAGUCAACCACCAGAUCCAAGACGGUACCAUUAUCCAGAUCCAGCACUAGACUCUCAUACUACACCUUUCAUUAAUUCCACAGGAUUCAACAUAUGCCUAGCACUAAAGAAAGGGCUGUAUAUCUUACAACCGUUUCAUAUACUAUGUUGCAUUUCGCCAAACCAUACCCAUUUUGUUCUGGUUCUCCUCCAAAGGGAUCCUCAAGUAGGGGCAAAUACUGCUGCGCACUAACAUUAGUGUGUCUAUUUUCCUGUUGUUGUCGACUACGCAUUUCAAACACCCCUGUCCAUCGUUCUGGUGCGGUUGUAUUUCUCAAUCAAAAUGUGGACCAUGGUUUGGCAGGCAAUAGCACUGUGGGGACUAAUUCUGCCUCGCUACCUGCACUCAGUGCACACAAGCAAAUCCCGACAUCACUUCAUACCGCUGGUGGUCCUGUCAGUCCUGUUGUCUUCCCCGCAGUUAUUUGUCCUUCUACCUUUUGUAUUUGUAAUUUCAGCCCAUCUGCUGACAUGGCCGUCAGACCUGCUACCAAUCUAUGGCCUGGGACCGCUCGAGAUCAUUAUCCGGGUGCAUCUACUGUUGUGGAUACCAGUGCAAGCGCUGACCAUGGUUGUCCUAAGCACUCUUCCACUGGGACAUUGCAUCCGCGGAAUUCGGCUGAUGUGCAUGUCGCGACCGCUGUUGCUACGAAUUUAACAGCGAUUCAAGCCCAAGCGGUUUACAUGUGCAUCUGACGGCAGACCUGCAAACCCACAAUAGCUUUAUUUCUAAAUAUAUUCGCUUCUACUUUGAUGUAUUGCUUGACUCUUGGACUUUUUCAGUGGCCCUGGAGAAGGAAUCAAAGCACAUCAUUGUCUGUCUAUCAAACAUCCAUUCAAAAUCGGGCGUGUCGGAUUUGUGGUGCAGAGCAGUUCCCUUCUUGCGUUCCUGAACAGAGUUCAGCGAGGGGCAAAGCAACAUAAGCACGGCAUAGGAUGCUAGAUGUGCCCACUGGUCCUGCUUACCGGAAAUAUCA